AUGGGGGCUGUGCAACCGACGACGAGGGUGGUUGACUUCGUGUUCUUUUGCGUUUUGAUGGAGGGGGUGCAGAGGGAGAUUGAUCUCUGCGGUAGUCCCGCUCGGUCGGCCUGUCAAUCUCUAGAGUAUGGUGCGAAUCUAGGUCGGGAUGCUCAGUCGGUUUGGGCGAUGAGUGCCGACCGAAGUUCUGGCUCGGUUGGUAGUCUGACGGGGGGGGACCAGGGGAGACACGAGCCGACGCAGUACCAGGGGAAAAUUCACGGUGCGAACGGUGUUCUUCGUUAUCCGCUUGCGCGAAAGAACGCGGUGGCGGCGACCGUCCUGGAUGAUCGGGUCUGCCCCCUUUGGGUCGGCGACGACGUUGUCGUUCACGGUAUCUCUCCCUCCCCCUGUCGCGGUGCGAUCCUCGAGAUCUGUGCCUUUCCCGAUCUCGUUGGUCUGUAG